GCCCAUCGAUAGGUAACUGUUUAACCAGAUGGUCUGUGUGAUCGUUAUCGGCAGGAUGAACCUGGGAAGGCUGCUGAAUCCACUGAGGAGCAGCACAUGGUCAGUGCGCAGUUACGGAAAGCACAAUAAGAAGUUCCUCUACAAAAAUGGCCAGAAAUUCGAGGGAAUCACCUACUAUCCCAGGAACCCCGAUCAUCAGGAUCCACCUGUGGAGCCGGCGAAACUUUUCCGGGUGCAGCGCAUUAAGCCGGUGAAGGGCAAUCCCUACUGGGAGAAGCGAAUCCUCAAGGAUCUGGGACUCGAUGGAAAGCAGAGCGACUUUACUGUGGUCAAAAACAUACCGGAGAACAAUGCCCGCCUGUGGAAGAUCAAGCACCUGGUUAAGGUUACGCCAGUCACGUUUCCCUACGGAGAGCCCACUGCCCAGGAUGUCCGGCAUACGAUACUCAAGGAGAACGGAGAGUGCCUGGUUACCAAGGACCUGGGACCCAUCGAUACCCGUCUGGCGGCUCGCCAGGUUUACGACGAGCAGCCCAAGCGACUGGAUACCGAGCUGCUGCGUAAAGAUGCCCGCCUCAAGUGGCUAAAUCCUUGGUAGUUAAUUUUUGUUCGAUUUAUUACGAAAAAUAGUUUUACAAUAUAAAGCCACAUUUGAAG